GCUCUCCCGCACAGCCGAACAUAACCUCCAAGAUAUAGAACAUCGACCGAUUAACGUGCAAGGAUUUAUUGAAUUUGAUCGAAUAAUGGCUUAAAAUGAAGCCAACGAACUAUCCUUUAGCCAGAGAAAGCUACUGGUGGUAAAGUCACAGAAAAACUGAAGAGUACGCACCUCGAACCGCGGUACUAACGAUACGCAACAUUCUUCUUUUCGAGCAGUCAGUCAGUGACCAGCUGUUUUGUGCCGUCGUUCCCUUUUUCCUUUGGCUGUCUGACCGGCCACCCGAAAGAUGUUCCGAAUUGGAUUAAAAUUUCCGUGCAACGGUCUAAAUAGGGUAUCUAAAAUAAAAAAACAUGGACCCUCCAGACUCUACCUGUCAACUAGAUGUUACGAGACACGAACACGAGUCAAGUGCGAGCCGGACUGGAGGUUUUUCAAGGAUGUCAAACUUACGUCCAGAGUAUCUGGACAUAGGUAUUCAACUGAUUCGUCAAAGAGCGAGAAAAGCCGAGGAGGUGGAGGAAUACUCGUAACUCUGACUGCAGUUGCAAUAGGAGCAUCGGGGAUAUUAUAUUAUGCAAAAAAUAAUCCAGAAUUCCGUGCAACUCUUGAAGGAUGGGUACCAGGCACGGACAAAACGAUUCAGAUCAUCUUUCAGGAAGAGACAACAUAUUUCGAGUUUAUACGUUCGUUCUUUGAGUCGCUCAAACAAUCUAUCGUAACUGCCAUAUUUGGAGAAAGCUCAGAGAAACCAGCGCCAAAACCUGCGUUUGUACCACUGGUUGAUAAGAAGGAACCACCUAAUAAUGAACCUUACACUGAAAUAAGAUUAAGUAAAGGAGACUCGGUAGAAGUUGUCGCCGAUAAGCCUGCUCCACCUGCUAAAGAUACACCCAAAGAACUUAUACCAGAAAGUCUGGUGGAGCUAGAAACUCUAUGCGGGCAAACUGCGUCUAAGGUGAUCCAGGCUUACCAGAAAGCAUCGUGUGCCAUUCAAGACUACAACAAAGAUGUGAUCAAAGUAUUGGAAACCGUCGAUAGUGCUGGUAGUGCUGUGUGGAAUAGAUUGAAGGAAGCAACAGAGAAAAGGUCGAAUGCAAUUCAGGAGGCUGAAGAACAUAAGACCGAGACAUCGGAAUCCCUCAAGAAAAUGUUACAUCUAAUCGACGAUCCUAAACUGGACGCACCGUCGCACAUGAAGACAGCUGCUCGGAGAAACAUCAAAAAAAUCUUGUCCGACGUCGACGACGCUCAGAAAAACUACGAGUCAGAACUACAAUCUGGCAGUAUUACGGAGAAGUAUUGGAAGGAGGUGAAAGCAGCUCGCGAAGGUCUCGCCGAGGAACUGCAGAUCCUAUUCGCAGAUGUCAAUAUCAACGAGAAGAAGUUGGCUGUCGAUGAAGACUCUUUCGAUUUGUUCGUUCUCCAUAUGAUGAACAAAGUAAACAACCUGCAAAAGGAACUGGCGAAACUAAGGACAGUUUACGAGGCCAGAUUGAAGACAGCGUUAAGAGCGGGCGGCGACUCAGCGUCCCAGGCUCAACUGGACGCAUUGGUGUGCUUAGAGCUAGACAAAGAGAAGCUGAUCCUCGAGGAGGAGUUCGGUAAAAAGCUGCUGGAGGAGCAGAAGAAGUUCAACGACGAGAUGCGGCGGCAGCUGAAGUUGCAGGAACAGGUGCACACCGAUCAUCUUCAAGAGUCACUCUCGGUGAAGGAGGAGGAGGCCGAGAGAAUCCUGAACCGUUUACUCAACGAACAAUCCGAGGCCGACGGUCUCAAGUACAAGUCACAGCUCGCCUCCAUUGUUGGCAGAUUACGUGGCCUCGAGGCGGCGCUCAAGGCUCGCAUCGAGGAAGAAAGGGGAGCAUCGAAUGCACAGAUCCUCUGGUCAGCUUGUCAAGCUUUGGCUAGAGCCGUGAAAGCCACGCCAGCUGGUACGUGCGCGGACAAGGCCAUCAGGCCUCUGGAACCAGAAAUCAAGGCUGUCACCAAGGCGGCACCCAAAGAGGAUCCUCUGGUGCUAGCAGCGAUCCGAGGCAUUCCGGAAGAGGCUGCGAAGAGAGGGGUGUUCCCGGAGGACAUUCUGCGUGCUAGGUUCCUCAAGGUGGAAGAGGUGGCGAGACGAUUGGCCAUGGUUCCUGCGGAGGGCGCGUCCUUGCCUAUCUAUAUCCUUAGCUAUCUUCAAAAUUUCUUCAUGAUCAAGAACAUCCGCAACAUCCCCAAGUGGGAAAUGGAGGACAAUCCGAUCGACGUCAGCGGGCUCACUACUUUCGACAUACUUCGUCGGGCCAGGUUCUGGCUCGAUCGUGGCGAUUUCAAGAUGGCGCUCAGAUACAUGAACCUGCUGAAGGGCGCGCCUAGAUCGGUUGCCAGGGAUUGGAUGAACGAGACCAGGAUCCUAUUGGAGACCCAGCAAGCCGUCGACACCUUAUUAGCGUACGCGGGAGCGAUCGGUUUGGUAUUCCUCGGUGCUGGAGACGCGAAGUAGUCGACGCAGAAGUAAAAGCUCGCUUCGGGAAAGCUGUCCAUCGAGAUCAAGGAAGGCGACGCGCUCGAGAAGCACCGGGAGGGACGUGGAACAGACACAUACACACACAUACACGUACACACGGACACGUGCACAGAGUUAAAUAAACAGAAAAGUCACAGAUACUCUUAGCAAUGCGAACACGAACAGCGAAGGCAGCGAAAGGAGGAGUGGAGCGGCUCGGAAGGACGGCGAAAGAAAUAUGGAAACAGCUCUUGCACAAUGGACGAUAUUUUCUGCCGCAAGACAAAGAUAAAGGGGAGAAGACAGCGCGCCCGAAGAAGAACGACCGAAGUUCGACCUUCCCUCGCCACGUUGAUUUCGAUUCUCGACGACCGCGAACGCGUUCUUAAGUGAAUAUUCGGAGAGCGAGUCGGGGCCAGAUGAUAGAUGGACUCGCGCCGGGAAAAAAAGACAGAGAUCGUUGCAUAAAAUGGAGAACGCGUCGAUUUCCGUGGGAAAUACGCACGGUGGGUUAAUCCUGGGACAAAAUGCGUCGAGAACGCGGGAUACGGGCUUUCUCGCGACGGCCUCCGCUUUCGAGGAAAAUGGGCCGCGAGCGCGACGAUCUCUUCGGUCGGUGGUUCUCAAUACGUACAGCCUCUUCGAUCUUGAACAAUUUAUGGGACGAAUUCGAUGUUCGCUUCGGUAGCGAGAAGUUGGGUAGCGCAAUCGGUGGUCGCAGUUCAAUGUUUAAGCUAGGUAUCCGAAGGUUGAUUCGGCUUCGCUUCGCUGAUUCGUCGACUCGGCAGAGAAUGGCGAGCUCGUCUUGGAAUCGAUUCGUUCGUCUUAUUUAGAUAAUUAAGCGUGCCCGAUAUAUUACAGCGCGAGCGAAGUAUUCGGUUGAGAACCACUAAAACGCCAGCCUGGCCGACCAAUUAACUUCAAACACCGUUCUCCCAGAAACGCAGCCGCUCUAGAAGUAAAUUCAUUCCGCACUUUCGUUUCAUUUCUAGCCGAACAACGAGUCUCGCAUGAAAAAUGUUGUAUUCUACGUGCCCGGCGUCUCGUUCCAGUCGAUUCGAAAGCUACUAUCGAAAAUUGGCCUCGGCGAUACGCAGAAUUUAAUACUUCUGUUUCGCUCGCGACCAAACAACAACUGUUACGUUCUACGUACCGGGUGUCUCCGUUCGGUCGACCGAGAAAUAACUAGCCACACGUCUGUCGCGAUGGUUCGAGGAACACUCGAGACUCGUUGUUCGACGAACGAGCGCUGUUUCAGCGCACUCGGAAGAAGGAAACGCGCAAGAAUGGGAUAAAUGGGGCUCGUGAACGAGGCUCGUCGAGGGCCGAACGUUACGGCGCCGUCGACGAUCGAAACGAGGCGACGAGGACAUCUCCGGGCCGGGUCACUUUCCGUCGAGCGUUUUAAAGGGAAGUUGGACCGCCGCCUAAUUUAUUUCGUUCCGCGUUUUCCAACGUUAAUCCGGGAUCCGCGUGCGCCAGCUGGGUCCGCGCGUCCCCUCGUUUCAACCGGAGAGGACACUUUUGAAAAACUAUGCCGGGCUUAUCGGAUCCGAGCGGCCCGCACCGCCUUCUCUGGCAAAUUCUCGCGACACUUUCGCGUGUAGCGCGGUGUAAUCACGGGGAAAAUGCGGAAUAUUUACCCGUGUUUUUCGCAACCCUCCGGCGGAGUCGCGCGCGGUUUUCCGUGCGGAGAAUGUCCCGAAAGAAAAUCCGCUCGCGUUAAUUACCAACGACAUUUCUGUGGCGUGUUGCUCCGUGUCCCUGCAACCAUCAAACUCCCCCGAAUAAUUUGUCCCGCGAGUCGGUAAUCAAGCGUAGAGAAUGUUACCAGCCACGUUAGACAGCGUUCAAGGGUUGACGGUUAAGAUAUUUGCUACUAUCUCGCGCUUUAUUCGUUUCAACAUUUUCAUAGUUCUUUUCGAGCGAUUUGUAUUUUGUAUUCCCCUGUGAACGACACCGCGGCGCAGCGUCGAUGUCGUGUUUUUUUUUUAGCAGCGCAUCGAGGCGACGAGUAUUCUGUAAAGCAAGCGACCUUUUGUACCUGUCGAUCGCGAUCCGGCGAUCGCGUUACCGCGUGGAAAGUCUGUUCCGCCUGUUCGAACGCGAGUUGUCCGUUGCUCUCGGAUCGUCCGGAUCCGCCGAGAAACGAAAAUGGUGUGCGGUCGGCCCGUCUCAAGGGACGCCGCCUAUCGUCCGCUAGCAAAUAAAUAGAGAAUUCGACAAAAUAAACGUUUCAUCGUUCGUCUUUUCAUCCCGAACGACUCGCGAACGAUCGUUUCAGCACCGAAUCGGUCGAGGCAUCGAUAUUUUCUAGACACGCAGCUGAUUCGAUCGACGAACUCGGCGCGUUGCCGGUCUCUUUCGCUGUCUUUUCUUCGUAGUACGGUGAAAAUUGAAUUGUAAUUAGAUGCGAAGUGGCGAGAAAGACUUUGCUAAUAGCUUUGUUUAGAGCGAAAUAAAGCGCGGUUAACGGGCGAACAGAAUAAAGCAUUAUGCUCGACGAAGAUCAUGGUUCCGAAGCGAACGAGGACGAUAAAGCGGCGCGAAGACCGUGCUCGUAACUCGAAGCAUCCUGGACGCGGCGUACACCGGGGACCGGAGGCAAACGGCUCUGCAGAGUGUGCUCACCGGUUGUAGCGUCGCUUGGAAGCGACCUGGAGCUUCCUCGAAUGAUCAAUAAAGGUUUCAUGACUGUUUCAGACUG